UAGACCUUUAUGAUGCUAUGUGUUAAGUUUUCCAGGUACGCUUGCAUUGAUCACCGACACGUUGUGACGCGUAAAAUGUCAUGGAGAUGUUACCGCCCACUCGGGCAACGCUUGGAUACAAAAGAAGCACCUACAGGAAGACAAGGUUUCUACAGUAAAAGAACAGCAUGAUGAUGAUGGAAAUGAUUGAGCCACCACCAGGUGUCGCCAGGAUAUCAGAGGAGAACAUGGAAGUGAACAGCAACUGCAACCACAACGCCAGUGAUGACAUCACUUCCUGUCCAGCUGAAGCCACAGCAAAGGAAGUGAACAGCAACUGCAACCACAACAACGGCGAUGACAUCACUUCCUGUCCAGCUGACGCCACAGCCAAGGUCACCAUGGAAACAGAGAAGAGCUGCGCAACACCACAGAAGAGCAAGACUGUGAUUGUCUACGGCCACAACAAGAAGGCGGCCAGUGAAAAGCUGCAGAUGGUCCGCAGGUGGAGUCUCAACACUUACAAGCGCACCAGGCAGGCUCUAUCAGAGAAACUGGGCCGGGGAUCUCACACAGUAGACCUUGACCUGAAGCCCCGCUUGGAGCUGCUUAAAGAUGACCGCCAGCGCUAUGAUCAUGUCACCAAGUUGGCGCAGACACUGGCCAAUCAGCUGGCUCAGCUGACCGCCACCCAGAAGACGCUGGGGGACGCCUUUGCGGAAAUCAGCCUCAAAACACCCUCGCUAUAUGUGGAGUUUGGCAUCAAUGCAGAGGCUCAGAAGUUUCUGUCCAAGGAUGGCGAGACUCUGGUGGCGGCCUUCAACUCCUUCACAUCUGACAUGAACACGCUGGUCAACAAGACCAUUGAGGACACCAUGGUCAAUGUCAAGCAGUAUGAGGCCGUCAGGAUUCAGUACGACGCGUACCGAGUGGACCUGGAGGAGCUCAACAUGGGUCGACGUGACGCCACUACCCUUCCCAAACUGGAGCAGGCUCAGAAAGACUUCCAGAGCCAGAGGGGGAGCUAUGAGCAGAUCAGGGAUGAUCUGGCUGUCAAGCUUAAGUUGCUGGAAGAAAACAAGGUGAAAGUGUUGCACAACAACUUGUGGCUGCUCCACAGCGCCGUGGCCGCUCACGCUUCAUCAUGUGACAAAUUCCUUCAGCAAAACAUACAGCAGGCCGGCGAGCACCUCAACAACCCCAGCAUGGACACCCCCUCUUGGCUGGAGAACUCCUGACACGCUGUUUGGGAUGGUGAGUCCACGGUUAGUUAGGUGGCAUGGAAUGUUUAUUUAUAGCGGACUGAAUUUACAGUACAUGUUGUUGAAAGUUCUACCAAAGUGAAUUAGACAAAUGGAAGCUGUAAUCACGGUACCAGAGGGAAGUGUAGCACCAUAAAUGCUCCAAUUAUGGCUGGGUUGUUUGUUGACCCAAAGUGCAAAAAGGGAUGAAGCAUUGAUUGGAAGCAGGCAAUAAUCUGCGAGAGGCUGAUAGACAAUUCAUUUUGUAUAAAAAGAUGAUGUUUGGUUUUUUUUGCUUCAAUAAUCAUUUAGAGUACAUGAGAAAGGGGGGAAAAAUUGCUCUCUUUGACCACAUGGGCAUUUAUGAACAUGUUUACUGCACAACACAGCAGCAACUGAACCAAUAUUGUAAUUGUGGUAAGGAGCAAACUGCUCAACCAGCAUUAAUACCGCUGAUGAGUUCAUUGCAAACAGUACGGCAAGUGUAACACACAUGACUUUCACACCAUCAGCUGGGUAGCAACAUUUUAAAGCAUAUAGGUAGUCGUAGUAGUAGUACUAGUAGUAGUAGUAGUAGUAGUAGAUAAAGCUUAAGGAUGCUGCUCACUCAUGAUAGUUGAAAUGAAGCUACUGACAUCUUGUGGAGUUAAUUUUUAAAAACUACAUCAGGUUGCCUACAGCCACAGCUCAUAAUGCCAAGGUUUUUUUUUAACCUAAUUAGAGACUACAGCAGUUAUCUGCUUUUGUAGACCACGCACCCGAUGAUUAAUUGAAUAGAUGUGUUAAUUGGAGCAUUUACCGUGUUGUUAUGAUUAUUAUGGAGGUUUUAUGGGCUCACAUGGUAACGAUAUUAAUAAUAUUUAGCCAAAAAGGGGUUUGUCUGCAUUUAAAUAAGGUUUAUGUUUGCAUCCCCUCACUCCUUUGAGCCUCACAGGGGUCUCCAAUAAUCUUCUUCAUUGUGGAGAGUCUUUGUGUGCAAUAAUGUCCCAAACAAGACCUUUUAAUGCCACCUUUUAAGGGAAUAUCCAACAUUCCAACUUGAAAUUAUGACCAAAACAAUUACCGUAUGUAUGCUUUUUUUUUUUUUUUAACUGCAUGGACCAAUUGCUCUACGUUUGUUUGUUGUUUAUGUUUUCCCUUUUUACACUGCAGCUAAGAAUAUAUACUAUAUGUUUGACUUUUUAAGGAUUUGUUUAAAUAUAUACAGUAUUUUGAUGUAAUGAUUUCUUGUGAGCGGAGUAAGGUGACAAUUAGAGAGACUGACCGUCAAUUAUUGUCAAACAUUUCAGAGGUUUAGUCACACCCUCUCAGGCUGGUUACUCUUAACUUGUGAACAAUUUGAAUUUGUUUCUUUGGGAAUGAUGAGUGGGUUUUGUUUUUGUUUGUAUCCUUUAAAACAUUAAAGCAUGACUAAACAUAGUAAUAUUCUACUACUCUUUAGAAGUAGUUAGGAAGGACCACAAAUUGACUGCCUAUUUGUGCUUGUGUCUUGGCUUGUGGUGCUUCCAAAUUAAAGCAAUUACUUGCCAGGCAACACACAUACACACACACACACACACACACACACACACAAAACUUGGAUUUGUUUGUUGUUGAUGUUUGUCCCAGUGGCAUACCUGUCAAUGCUUUUCACAGGGACACUACCAUGUUUUGCCUUUCUUUCCCACAUUAGAAUAGUUUACUGUACUUAAAUAUUAAUGAAGGGAAAAAAAAAACUCUGGUCCUGCUGGAGCAGCAUAUUGUAGCUUCCAGUGGCUGGCAACACUCAGGCGGCAUCGGCAUCCUACAUCCUGUCUACCAUCAGGCCUUCAAAAUAAAGAUGCACGUCAGUAAAACAACACGGUUGCACCACAGUAUGCAGAAGGGUCUUUAAACCAAACUUAACAGAAAAAGCUCCGCCUUGAUAAACUGUAAUACAGGGUUCGUCAAGUCAUCGAUCGCGAGCUACUGGUUGAUCUCUGACACUUUGCCGGUCGAUCACGAGAAUAUUAAGAAAAAUAUAUAUUAUUAUAUCAGUACUGACCAACAGGCAUUCAUUUUUACCACUGAACAUGCCUGUAUGCCUCGCCACCCUCCAGACACGCAACUCGCAAUCUCCAGCCAGGAACGCAGUCCCCAAAACCCGACCUGAGGUAUCAGUGCAAGUACACCGGAUUGCCUCGCAAGCGUGCAGCGGUUAAGCGAGGGGGAGAGAGAGUGAGUGACAGAGCCCAGCAAUGUGCCUUUGCACACAUUAUUGCACAUCAAUAUGGCUCAAAAUCUGCCUUUGCUACCUCAAAAUUAAGGCACAAAUAUAACUCCAUAGACGUUUAUCUCCAAAAAAAUCUUUGAGCUCCGGCUCGUUAGGGCUGCAUUGACCAGUCUCUCUCUCCUCACCAUCGCUUGCCCAUGACACUGAGCCAACAAGUUUUGUAGUUUGCUCAUAGGACCCACACCACAAGCCCGACCCUGAUGAAGAACCACAAAAAAAGGCUGAAAUUUUGACACCAACACCAAAUCACACAAAGCUUUGUAUUUAAAGGCAAAGCU